AUGAGCUGUUUUAGAUGGUGCGGGAGUGCUGAUUUUCUUAAAAAAUCUGUUGAUCACCAUCAAAGAACUGAUCAGUCAGUAGUUGUUCAGACACAGCAGCAUAUUGCUGUAGCAGCCAUUCCAGCGGAUGAACUUAGAGAUAUAACCGAUAACUUUGGUUCAAAGGCUUUGAUCGGUAAGAGUUCAUACGGAAGAGUGUUUUACGCUGUUCUUAAAAGCAGCAAGGCAGCUGCCAUCAAGAAACUUGACGAUAGUAGUAAAUAUCAAGAAUUUAUUUCAAAGAUAUCAAUUGUUUCGAUAUUGCGACACGACAAUGUUAUUCCACUUGUGGGUUAUUGUGUUGAUGUGCCUCUUCGUGUUAUAGUUUAUGAGUAUGCUCCUAAUGGAUCUCUUCAUGAUAUUCUUCAUGGCCGAAAAGGUGUCCUAGGAGCAGUGCCAGGUCCUGUUCUGACGUGGCAGCAGAGAGUCAAAAUCGCUGUUGGUGCAGCGCAAGGACUUGAGUAUUUGCAUGAAAAGGUAAACCCUAAGGUUAUCCACGGUAACAUCAAAUCCAGCAACAUACUACUUUUUGAUGAUGAUGUUGCCAAGAUUGCUGAUAUCGAUCUGUCUGAUCAAGACCCUGACAUGGCUGUCCGCCCAUUUUGUUCGGGCGGACUAGGACGAGGACUAGGAGCCACUGACUAUAAAGCUCCAGAGUAUAUAAUGACGGGAAUAUUGACCAAAAAGAGCGAUGUGUUCAGUUUUGGGGUUGUUCUGCUGGAGCUCCUUACAGGUCGUAAACCAGUUGAUCAUAGCUUACCGCGUGGACAACAAAGUCUAGUGAGAUGGUCUUCUCUGCUUUUGAGAAAACCAAUUUUACUAUUUACAUCAUAA